AUGGAUGUAACCAUGACUUUGAUUAAUGCGGUUCGUGAAGGAAGACUGGAAGCAACAAGGGAAUUAAUCAAUAUUUUCGGAUUGUCUUAUUCACAAGCAUGGUCAAAUGGAUAUCUUUUGCUUCGUGAAGCUACUAAGAAUAAACAUUCAGAAAUUGCCAAGUUACUUUUAACAAGCGGUUCUGAAGUUAACAUCCAGAGAAGAACUCGUGAUACUACUCCCCUUCAUUUUGCUGUUAAAAAUUGCGACAUAGAGAUUGUUAAGAUGCUUCUAGAUAAAGGUGCUACAAUUAAUGCUGAAAAUGAUUGUCGUAAAACACCACUUUACUAUGCAAUUGAAAAUGAAAAAAUUGAAGUUGCACAAUUACUUUUAACCUAUGGAGCUGAUGUUAAUAAUAGAGACAGUGAUGGUAUAAGUGUACUUCAUGUUGCAGUUAAGAUAGGAUGUUUACAAAUUGUUGAGGCCCUUCUAGAAUAUGGAUUUAACCUUAACCCAGAAGAUGCAAAGAAUCCUGAGUUAUUACAUGGUACUGUUGAAAGAGGAUACUUGAAAAUUGUUGAAGAUCUAUUAAAGUAUGGUGCUGAUGUUAAUACAUACAGCAAUUCACAAUUUGAAGGUUUUACACCUUUACACUGUGCAGCCAAAAACAAACAAGGAGAAGUAGUGAAAUUGUUGAUAAGAUAUAAAGCUGAUGUAAAUGCUCAAGAUAAAACUGGUAAAACUCCAAUAUUUUACGCUAUUGAGAAUGCCGAUUUAGAAAUGACCAAACUACUUUUAACUAACAAGGCUAAUAUAAAAGAUAGUCCUGAUCUAUUGCAUAUUGCUGUUCAGAAGGAAUGUAUAGAAAUCGUUAAAGUUCUCUUGCAAUAUGAUGCUGAUAUCAAUGCAAGUGACAAAUAUGGAAGAACAGCAUUGCAUUUUACUGCUUUAAGUGAAAAUGAAGGUUUUUUUAGAUUCUCACGUGAUGAUCCUGAUUUUAAUAUUAAGGGAGAAAUUGCUGAACUGCUUUUAAGUAAAGGUGCUAAUGUAGAUGUUAAAAAUAAAUGUGGUCUAACAACACUUCAUGCGGCUGUUCAAAACGGAUAUGUAAAAGUUGUUGAAGCUCUAUUGAAACACAAUGCAAAUGUUAACUCUAGAGUUGUAGAACUAGGUGAUAUUACACCACUUCAUCUUUCUGCUAAAUUAGGAAAAGUAAAAAUUACAGAGAUGCUUUUGAAUAAAGGAGCUAAUGUAAAUGCUAGGCAAAAGGAUGGAAUCACUGCACUUCACAUUGCUUCUCAAAAUGGACAUGGAGAUGUUGUUGUCACUCUUCUUGAGUAUGGCUCUGAUAUUAAUAUUACUAGUACAAAUAAUCAAACAGCUCUUGAUUAUGCCAUAGCUGGAAUAACGUUUUACUAUAGCCCACUCAACGAAUAUUAUUCUGAUGGUCAUUAUUACGAUCCUGCGCAUAGUGUUCGUUCAAGUGGAUUUCCUGUUAAAACUCUUAUACAACACAUAGUUAAACUGGAAUCUGCAGGGUUAUAUGUAAGUUUAAAAAAUAUACAAUCAAUGCAUGGUAUGCCUGUACUUGAAUUUUACUAUGAAUGUAAUGAAGAAAUAGCAAACAUGAAGAAAGAGAAGAUUAAUGGAUGUAACAUUUCAUUUUAUGAUAUCUUGAAGAAGAAUACAAAAACAUUAGCAAUAUAUUUGAUGAAUGAAAAUUUAAUGCAGGUUUUAAAAUCAGAAGACUACAAAACAAAAUUUCCCAUUUUUGCUAGUUUGAUUAAAAGUCAUUUCAGACAGGGUAUGGAAAGAAUAGAGUUACUGGAACAAGGCAAGAAAAUUUACCAUUUUAUCUUUAGCAAUCCAGAAUUACCACAUGACUGUAUUGAAAAAAUAUUUAGUUACCUGAGUAACAAAGAUUUGAGAAUUUUGAUUGAUGUUUGUACACCUCUUAGCAUCAGUAAUUAUAAUACUGAUAAGAACGAUGUAGUGAUUGCCUCAAGUUCAUCUCAAGCAUAG